UUCAUACCCAUGUUUGAAAAGCAGUAUCCUCAGUAUCCAUGGAAAGAGGUUGAGAGAGAGAUGUUCAAGGCAUUUGCAGAGCUCUUCCAGGUAGCCUCGUCUCGUCCAGCCCCCUACGGUUUCUGUGCCUACCCCUCCUCCCGGGCCAUCUACGCUGUAGACCUUCUGCUCAAGUGGGGCACCGGGGACAGAGGUGAACGCUUGAUGAAGCCUCAGAUCCUGGAGGUGAACUUCAGUCCAGACUGCGCCCAGGCCUGCCUCUAUCACCCUGGCUUCUACGACCACAUGUUCCAAACACUCUGGAUGAGGCUGAUCAGUUCCCUGUCACUCCAGUCUCAUGAUGAUCUCAAACCCCUGACCUCAAACCCUUUCCAUAUUACGCAGUUGAAAAGGCCCAUUUGGAAAAUGUGUAUUACCUCUUUCUAGUAGGAAUUGAUCAUGAGUAAUGGUCUGGACCAGAAGUGCCAAA